GUGUAAUUUAUAAUUGCAUGUUGCAUUCAAGAGUUAAGACAGUUAAUGUGUACCAGUUAUAGGAAAACUGGAAUAUAAAAAAACAGAUGGAUAACAACAAUAAUAAAUAAACAUUUUGUUUGUUUCUCUUUGUUAUCUAACAAAUUUGUAGACAAUCUGAUAAAAUGUAGAGAAAAAAAGCUGAAUCCAAGAAAAAAAAUCUCUUUGUCAGGAUUAUUUCUCUUUAGUGUAUUUUGCCCUUUGUAGGGGUUCGUUUUUUCUUUUUUACCAUAUCUUUCCACCUUAAUCUGUAGUUUUUUUUCAGUGUUUCAGUAGUGCCAUUGAAGGUGAUUUCCAGUCUUAAUAUGCAGAGAGAAGGGUGGAGCAUGAAUUCAGGGUGGGUGACAUCCACAUUGUUGUUGUUUGCCCUCGAGAAAAUCCCAUUUUGUGCAGCAGAGCUGGUAACUACAAGAAAACAACCUGCAACCUGAAGAAUUAACUCCUUUAUGAUAUCCAGGGAUAGAUGACUGUCAGCUGAUAAACUGACAACCAGAAUUUACAUUUUUAGUCCGGUAUCGGCACAAGGAGGACAAACAUCACAAACAAUAGCUGGACAACCUUAACCCUCAACAGGAUUGCCUUCAGAGUAUAGCAAAAUGUCAGAGACAGACUUCAAGAGACUUGAGUUCUUCCACAGUAUCCUGAAUGGUUGCAUUGGAGGCCCAUCCUGUAAUAACUCCCAUCUGAUUUUCUACAACACGAGCCUCGACAAUGGGUUCGAGAUUUAUGACGACGAUGGAUCCCCCUGGUUAAGAAUAGUCAUCUCUGUGGUGUACUUGGUUGUGGCUACAGCAGGAGUGUUGGGGAACCUGCUAGUGCUGUUCCUGCUGUAUUCGACUCACACCAUCACCACAGGCAUCAUCAACUUCUUUGUGUUCAACUUAGCUUUGUCUCACUUGUCGUUCUCCCUGGUCUUGCCAUUCUGGGCCGUAGACAUUGCGAUGGACUACAGCUGGCCUUUUGGCGCGGCCACAUGCAAGGCUGUGUCCUUACUCACUGGGCUCAAUGUCUUUGCCAGCUGCUUUUUCCUGACAGCUAUGAGUUUGACCCGGUACUGCUAUGUGGCCACUGCUCUCAAACCCAGCGCCUCCCUGUGCAGCAGAUCAUGCACUUCUCCGGUGGUCACAGCUUUUAUCUGGGCCGCAGCGCUCAUAGCAGCAGCGCCCCGAGGUUUGUUCGCAGACCUGAGACGUGUGGGCAGUGGCAACGACACAGCAUGCCUGCUCCGUUUCCCAGAUGGUACGGCCUGGCUCGGAAUAAACCAGCUUCUGCGAAUAGUGCUGGGAUUUCUGCUGCCCUACGCCAUUAUCAUCCUCUCCUACAUGCUCCUGCUGCGCUUCCUCUGUCGGCAUAAGCUGAAGGGCAGCAACUCUCGGCGAAAGGCCGAUAUUUCAAAGUCUGUGGCGGUGGUGGUGCUUUCAUUCUGCGCCUGCUGGUUCCCCUACAAUAUCCUCACACUUUGGGGCGUCCUGAUCCAACUUGACAUCGUUGAUAUCAGCCCCUCAUUCUACUUGGCUCAAACAUACUUUUUCCCUGUGGCCAACUGCUUGGCUUUCACCAGCAGCUGCUUCAACCCUGUCAUCUACUGUCUGGUGAGAAAAGAAUACCGUGUGGCUCUCCAUAACGUGCUCUUCAAAUUGAGCCUGGCUAUCACGUCCAAGAUGCCCUACGGCAUUAAUUCUGAGGAGGUGUCGGGACAAACUGGGCGGCUGGCCAUUCCACUCAAUAACAUGUACAGCGAUACUGACACAAGGAGAUACGCACCUCUGUCAACACUUCCAACAGUGGUGUCCACCCUGUAAAGCAUCAACACAAUGAUCAAAUUAACAAGGAUGGUAUGUUUUAAGAGUUUUGAUGGUGUGUUUGAGGAGGACCUGUCUUUCCCUGUAAGGAUGUAAAGUAUGUAUAUUUCAGAUCUAUUAAUGUGAAUAAGCUGCAUCUUAAACACACCUAAGCUCGUGUGGGUCUUGUGUUUUACAGUUUUAGAUGUCUGAGUGGGCUGUACGACUUGAGUCUUAUACGUAGGCUUAAUACAAGUUUCAAAUUAAUUCACUAAUCACUACAAAUUUGUCCUAUUCUCCAUCUUGUUCUUAUUGUAUUAUUGAAAAAACUCAUGUACAAAUGUCUAUUACUGCAGUUUGGAACAAUUAAUAUUGCUGUAUUGUAUGUCUGGAUUGUGGUUGUCUUGUCCAGGUGUGAACACGUUUUUGUCAUUUGUUUGUAUAAAAAUUAAUAAAUAAAAUUGUUUCUAACCUGCA